AUGGUCCAGUGCUCUGUAUGCAUACAUCUAUUCGCUGAGGUGGGUGGCGUGUCCCUGGCUCGGAGUGCCACCCUACGAUGGCAGGGCAUUAAGCUGCACUGGGACAAUGCCUUCUUGCCCUUGAACAUCACGUUCUUCUGCAUGCCGCCCUUCCUCUUCACCUACCAGCUGGAUCUGGCAUUGGCACCUGCGCAGAUUUGGGGGCUGCAGGUUGGCGGAAAGGCCAACCGCAUUGCGGAGGAAGCGCUGGCAAUUCGAGAAGGGCGCAGGCAUCGAUGGUUCAGCUGCGCGUACUUGCCGGAAGUAGAUGACAGCACGCUCUGGAUUCACAAGCCGGUUUGCUUGCCCGUGGUUUUCGAGCACGCCUACCACCGGGAACGGGCGCUGAGCAAUAAAGCACGGGAAGCCAAAGGGCUUUCUCCAGAGCCCGGCUGGGCAUACUUUCAGCAGAGAUGCGAGUAA